CUUAGAGCCCUGCUCUUCCGGUGCUGUGAGUUUGGGCUGUACUUAAGUGUUGGGGGGGGGGGGCACCGUUCCCUGACUGCCCGGAAGGGGGGCUGUUCUGUUUACUCACACCUACUUCUCUCUGGUGCUUGUUCUAUUCUAUUCUUAUUGCAUGAUCAGAAUGGUCAGAAGGAUGCUUGAGCGGUUAACCCUGCUCAUUGCCCUUUUUGCCGUAGCGUCCGCAAGGCAAGUCGUGGUAGACCUAGGAUACGCCCGAUAUAGCGGACAGGCUCUAUCGAAUGGUGUUGCACAAUGGCUAGGUGUGCGUUACGCGGAACCUCCGCUGGGGCCGUUGCGGUUUGCUGCACCGCAGGAUCCGGAGGAUAUCGAAGGAAUUCAAGAUGCAUCUGAGCAUGGCCCUCUAUGUAUUCCAACCGGGGAAUACCCGAUUCCAAGCAAUACGUCUGAAGAUUGUCUCUAUCUUGAUGUCUAUGCCCCCGCUGGAUUCAGAGGCUCUUCGUCGAAGCUACUCCCUGUCUUUGUUUUCAUCCAGGGGGGUGGUUUCAAUAGCAACGGCAAUGCUUAUUACAACGGGACAGGCCUGAUCCAAGCCGCCAAUAUGGGUAUUGUCGUCGUCAACUUCAACUACCGUGUUGGACCGUACGGAUUCCUCUCCGGCGCGGAGGUCUCUAAAGACGGUAGCCUGAAUAACGGUCUAAAGGACCAGAUCCAGGUUCUCAAAUGGGUCCAGGAAUACAUCAGCAAUUUCGGCGGAGACCCCAAUCACGUCGUCAUAGGAGGCGCCAGCGCAGGCGCAGCAUCUGUCACUCUUUUACUGUCUGCAUACGGCGGCCGUGACGACGGCCUCUUCCACGCUGCCGCCGCCGAAUCGCAAAGUUUCGCAACCAUGUUGACCGUCGAGGAGAGUCAAUUCGCGUACAACAACCUCGUCAUCCGCACCGGCUGCACCAGCUCCCCAGAUACCCUCGCGUGUCUGCGCAGUCUCGACAUCAACACCCUGCAGCAAUCCAACAUUGCCACGUCCCUCCCCGGGGCCCAACAAGCACCACUGUACUUCUACGCCCCCGUCCUCGACGAAGACCUAGUCCCAGAUUACACCUACCGCCUCUUCGAAGACGGCCGGUUCCUCAAAAACCUCCCCGUGAUCUUCGGCGACGUUACAAACGAAGGAACGCGUUUCGUUCCAGCGAACAUCUCCUCCCCCGCACAAGCAGACACAUUCCUCCAAGCCCAGUUCCCCGCCCUGCAACUGUCCCACCUCGCCCAUAUUAACGCCCUUUACCUCCAACCAAACCAAACAGUCUCCUUCCCGGACUCCGCGCCCUACUGGCGCCCGACAAGCAACGCCUACGGCGACAUGCGCUACACCUGUCCCGGAAUCGCCAUGUCCUCUAUCUACGCUGCCGCCUCAAGCUCCGCAUCGAAAUCCUGGAACUACCACUACGCCGUGCAGGAUCCCAUGGACGAAGCCUCCGGCGUAGGCGUGUACCAUGUCGCCGAAACAGCCGCAAUCUGGGGGCCCCAGUACGUUUCGAAUUCCGUGCCGUCGUCGUAUUUCACCACGAACGCUGCCAUCGUCCCGGUUGUGCAGGCUUACUGGACGAGCUUUAUUCGCAGCUUUGAUCCCAAUACCUACCGAUCCCCGGGAUCUCCGGUGUGGGAGAGCUGGAAUGGUGAUUCUUCGGGCGCCACCGCCGCCACCACCAGCGCUGCGAGCGAGAGUGGGGGAACUGGAAAGAGAAUCUUCCUUCGCACGGGGGAAACCAGGAUGGAGAGUGUUCCUGUUGAGCAGAGGGAGAGAUGUGAUUAUUUGAUUGGGAUUGGGGUGGAUAUCAAGCAGUGAUUUUACUUUCUUUCCCCUGCAUAUAUAUAAAUUGGAUGCUAGGGAGGGAAGGAAGGAGGACUUGAUGUAUAGAUCUAUCAUAUAUAUAUACUUGGUAUAUUUAGGGUCAAGGUACCGGUACAUACUCCUACUACUACUACUACUACACAAGUCAAUGUCGAAAUGAAAAUAAAAUAAAUGGGC